AUGAGCGAAUGCAGAAGAUUUGCUACCUCCGGGCUCUCCGUUAGCCCGGUUCUCACUACCGUCGAACUGCUCGAACCCAUUCUUCUGUGCCUUGAAAUGCGCUGCCUCCUCACAUCGGCCCUCAGGGUAUGCCGACAAUGGCGAGACGUGAUCCAAGGGUCGGUCUUACUACAAAGGGCACUCUUCUUUGAGUGCGGAGAGGAGCCAUCGGAGAGUCAUGAGGUCACAUUCAAUCCUCUUUUGGUUGAGCUGUUUCCAAUACUAUUCGACUUUGCUGGCACGCCAAGCCCCCGCGGAUUCAACGAUCUCGCGAUCGAGGCGCUCCCCAUUGGACAACGCAGGGUGGCCUUUUAUCGACGCGAUGCGUCUUGGCGGCGAAUGCACUUGCGUCAGCCUCCAGUGAACCAUGUGGGUUUGUGGACGUUGGACAAGAUCAGGUCGAGGAAUGAGAAGAUGAAGUUGAUGAAAUAUGAUGGAGGUCUGAGGAUGGAAGGCUUCUACUUCUUGAUCUUGAAGCACGUGUAUUGGUGGGACCUCUUCGUGAAAUGGGGAGAGACUCAAGGACAACAGUUGCGCCUUUUUCAAUGGGUGCGAACGCAUAUGAGAGGACCGGCCGAGGAGAUAGUGCGCACUGCAGAUGUGACCAUCGGAGGUCUCGCCGACGAUUACUGCGUGGAGGAAGGGUACGCCAGGACAUCUGUGGAUGGCCGUGGACUUUUGAAGAUGGAGAUGGGACGUGCGUUGGCUGACAAUGACCGCGUAGAUGAAGAGAGUGUCAGGAAGUCUGUGGCCAGCAAUGGACUGGAGCUCUGA